AUGCGCGAGCAGUCGAUCGGCGUCGAAAGCGCGCCGACCACUACUGCGGUUGAGAAGGGGCACAUCGCCAGGUUCGCCGAGGCCAUCGGGGAUGACAACCCGGCGUACACGGAAGGCACUCCCGAGACCGGGGGCAUAGUAGCGCCGCCGACUUUUCUACGGGCGAUGCGGGCGGUGCGUCCGGAACUGCCUUUUGAAAUCCCGUUCACCCGGCUGCUCGACGGGGGCAGCGACUGGGAGUAUUUCGAGCACGUGCGUCCGGGCGACGUCAUCACGGCGGUGGGCCGGGUGGAGGACAUUCGGGAACGCACGGGCAGCAUCGGGCAGAUGAUCAUCUCGACGAUCAAAGUUACAUAUCGGAACCAGGCGGGAGCGAUCGUCGCCACCCAGACCAGCACGUCGAUACGGCACUGA